CCUCUUUCCCCCUCUUCCCCGCACCACUCCCCCAUCAUCCUAAAGCCAUGCCCGGUCUUGUCGCCGAUGCCACUCGCAUCUGGGAGGCCAACCUCUACUGGCCGCUCCACGCGCAAUGCGGGGUAUGGGACCCCAAGGGCAAAGGUGUAGACGUCUGGGAGUGCAUCCGACCUCACCAGUCCUCUCCCGGUACUCAGCCACCAAAUAGCCUUUAUUGGCGAUACGUUGCACGCCGAUGAUCGACCUCGACGCACUCGCGUUCCCCCCUCUUGGCCCUCGAUUUUCCUCCGACGGAACGCGACGCCGUCAGCGGACCAUCCCCCCACCCCAUCCUACCAUAUGAGCCACCGCCUAUGCCUUCCCCACGAGCACGCGAAGAGCACUCUUCCCUCCCGUCGCUCAGGCGCACUCCGCUCUUCCCUGCGAGCGCUCCCCGCGCUACUCGCCUCCCCCCACGCCGCCGCCCGCGCCUCGCGCGCACACGCCCGGCGUCCCCGCCCGCCCGCGUCGGACGCUUGGCGUGAUGUUGGGCACGGAUCGCAUCCCCCACCUCAACGGAUGCGGACGCGCUGGGCCAGGGGAGGGAGAGUGCAGCGCACUAGUGGUGCUGUGCACUGCGCAACGGGCUUCUUUCUCAUCACCAUCACCGUCCGCCGGCUUCGUAUGUUUGUACUUUUGGCACCUUUCUUCGGCGCACUCGCUCGCACACCAUCUUCCGGGGCUCUCAUCAUCCGCUGCAUCGUUUUGUUCUGUCCCCCUCUCUCUCUUCUGGCGGACGUGAUGGUGCGCUGCGCCGUCGCGUCCUACCCCCCCUCUAAUAUCUCUAUCACUCGUAUCUCGUACCUGCGCCUGGUUCGCUCUCUCUAACAUCUAUUGACUCUCGUCCGUUCCCCCAUUGUAUCAUUGCUCUCGCACCUUACCCAUCAUCAUCCGUAGUAUAUAGAGUACACCCACAGUCUG